AUGAACUCAUCGACAAAGGCGACCACCAUAGCCCUUCCCACUCCGAUCACAACGUCAUUCUCUCUCACGGCAGUUCCCUCAAUCCGAGCUCCGCCCAUCACCGCGACUGUCCGCCCUACUCCUCCUAUCUCGAUUCCAUGUUCUGCUGCGCCCACUACCACUGCAAGUAACAAGAAAAAGUCCUCUCCAUUUUCCGAUGACAACUCCAUCUGGACUAUACCCCCAGUUCCUCCCAGCGGUGGAAGUAGUAACAACUGCAGUGGUGAUGGCGGCGGCGAUGGUAGCCUUGGUGUUGGUAGCAGUAGUCAAGAGCCACCCCCGCCCAUGUCACCAACCACCGAGGAAAAUAGCAAUGACUCUUCUUCGCCCCCGCCUCCCCCUCCCCCACCUGCCAUCGGAGGAGGACCCUGGUCACCCUCCCUCUUCCGUCCAGUACCCUCGUCACCCAGUUCAGCUUUUCAUACUCCGUCACCCGUGGUCAAGCCUGUCGUACGGCCUCCACCCUUUCCCAGUCCACAACUGCCUUGCGUUCUGCCACCACCUCCGUUGGCCUAUCUGACCGAUGUAUCAACACCGAGUGCAUCAACACAGUCCACCACAGUCUCCAAUGCGGAUAGUGAGGCGGUGAUGGCUAGUGUCACCACUGCUGCUGCUGCCAUAAAUAACACCAAGGAGGUGUUCCCCUCCCCGUCUAUCGCACCAAUAGCUCCCUCUUCAGUAGCUACCAUCUCCCACCAUCCGCAGGCCGGAGUUUCGCCUAGCGGUAUAAGUCGAUUGAGUAGCGGUAGUGGUGGAAGUGGAAGUGUUCGGGAGGCAGUUUUGUGUAACUCCUGUGGCCAACUUCACGAUCCGCAUGCUGCUCAUGUGUACGAUUACAGUGAAACUGUGGAUGCGGACUUGCUUUGCAGAAUUUGUCGACAACCCUUGGUGGACCCGAUCGACACGAAGUGUGGUCAUACCUUCUGCACGCCCUGUCUGAAGAGUCACCUCGUGGUCCAGGCUUUGUGUCCUGAGGACAAGCAAAUCAUAAACUACCUUGAAUGUCAGCAAUCCUCCAAUCUUGUCAAGCGACUUUUGGACAAGUUGCUUGUGAUCUGUCCAAAUUCCGAGCACUGCGAUGAGGUGCUCUCGCGCUGCGAUCUCGAGUCGCACCUGGCCUACUGGUGUCGUGGCACUGUGGUGCCCUGCUCCAACGCCAAGACAGGCUGCCAAUUCCGCGCUGCCAGAGCCCUCCAGACUGAGCAUCGGCGGGAGUGCCGCUUCCAGCCCCGAACCCCUGGAACCACCACCUCCAGUGGUGGGAGCCCCAUCGUUCGACCCAUCGCCACGAAAUCCGUGGUCCGCUUUGGCCCUAUGCCCGUUCGAAGGGUGGCAGUAGAGGCGCCAUUGAUGUCAGCGGGUGUCGUCAGUGGUGCUUUUGAGGAGGGCUCGUCGGCCUCUACUCCACCCACGGCAUUUAGCGCUUCCAGGGCAGGUGGCGGUGCCGCGAUGAUGUCUGGCCGCUCGGCGUCCCCCAUUCGUGACUGUGAGGUUACAACUAUCGAGUUGCCGUGGCAACCGAAUGCCAGUCUCGGAAUCAGUUUCGUUGGUGGAUCGGAUACGCCUCUGUUGUGCAUUGUGAUCCAAGAGAUCUACCUGGAUGGCAUCGUUGCAAUGGACGGUCGUCUUCGACCUGGCGAUCAAAUCCUUGAGGCUAGUUCUCUCCUGCAGUUUUACAAUUAA